AUGAAACUAGCUGGAGGACAACAACAACAACGACCAACAGUAUUACGACAACAAUCACCACAACUAGCACAACAACCACCACCAUUAUCAGGGUCAAAACCACAAGCAUUACAACAGAUAAUAUCGCAAGGAAGACAACAAGCACGAAAAACACGGCAAAUAGCAUCAAGACAACCACCAUCAGAAUCAGUCAUUGUGUUUAUUUGUGAUAUUUGUUGUCGUCCUGUUGCUGCUUUUAUAUGGUAA